AUGUCUCAGGGGAUGUUGGGUCUGCUACCCAACUCGCAGGCUCCUACCAUGGUCCCUGAGAAUGACCCUGACAGCCCUUUAGACUCAUCGUUCUUCCCCGGCGAGAAGAAGGAGGUAGAAGAAAGUGGUAAUCAGAACGGGGAUCGAGCCAAUCAGGAUGGCGCAGCAUCAUUCCUUGAGGAGGAAUAUCCGACGGGGCCUCGUCUGGCCAUCGUUGUCUUUCCUAUGGUCCUCAGUAUCUUCCUCGUUUCUCUGGAUAUGACCAUUAUAGCCACAGCUAUCCCCAAAAUCACGGAUGAGUUCCACACCCUGGACGACGUGUCAUGGUACGGUUCUUCAUUCUUUAUGUGUGUUGGUGGCUUCCAAUCAGCUUGGGAGAAAGCCUACAAGUUCUUCCCACUGAGGGCUUCCUAUUUGUUGUCCAUAUUUAUCUUCAAAGUCGGGUCCUUGAUCUGCGGCGUGGCACCAAGUUCAACAGUCUUAAUCGUGGGCCGUGCUAUCGCUGGCGUUGGCGCAGCAGGGAUCAGUUUUGGCGCAUCGUACGGCAUUGCCUCGGUAGUGGGGCCCUUGGUCGGCGGUGCCUUUGCAGACAAGGUCAGCUGGCGGUGGUGCUUCUACAUCAAUCUCCCGAUCGGCGACCUCUCUGCGCUUAUUAUCAUGCUCUUCUUCCGAACCCCUCCACAGGGAAAGCACGCUGUCGCCUCCUGGAUCGAGAAGCAACUGCAGAUGGACUUUGUCGGCGUGGCCCUGUCUGGCGUCGUGGUCGGUCUGUUUGUUGGCUUUGUACUCAUCACCAUUGCCUUUGCUGUGUGGGAGUAUUCUCCGGACGAUCGGGCCAUGCUCGCCCCUGGGUUGAUACGGGAGCGUCAUAUCUGGACCAGCUCAGGCUUGGCCCUCCUUUUGGCCGGCCCCUAUUUUCUGGCCAUCUAUUAUCUGCCCAUCUACUUCCAGAGUAUCGACGGCACCAGUCCUACCACCUCAGGAAUCCCCAACCUGCCACUGAUUCUCACCAUUACAAUCGCCACGAUUUCUUCCGGCGCCUUCAUUUCCAUGACGGGUAUUGCGGCGCCGAUAAUCCCAAUUGGAGCAGCCACCGCAACACUUGCCGCAGGAUUGCUUUACACCUUGGACAUUGGGUCAAGCUCAAGCAAAUGGAUCGGCUAUCAGGUGCUCGGAGGGGUCGGCUGGGGCCUCUCGCUACAAAUUUCCAUUAUCAUCGGACAGGCAACGUCUUCGCCAGAAACAUUGUCUUCAGUCAAAGUCUCUCUGCAGAACCGAACUACUCUCUUCCAGACCAUUGGGGGGUCCUUCUUUGUUUCGGCCGGCCAGUCCGCAUUCGUCAAUAUCAUGCUCGAUGUGCUGCCCACCGACGCCCCCGGUGUGAACCCACUCCAACUUCUCGCCACUGGCGCCACGGAGGUCCGCGCAACCUUCCCGACCGAUCAGCUUAAUGGGAUCCUCAGCGCUUAUAUGUCGGGCAUCGAGGGGGCUUUCGCAGUCGGUAUCGGAGGCGUCGGGCUUGCUUUCGUGGUAAGCCUCUUGCAAAGGUGGGACAGGCUGAGUCGCGAAGCACUGAAGGAGAGUGGCGGUGCAGCCUAG